CGUUCUACUUACGCAAGGUCUUUACAAACAGAGAUGUCACCCUCGAAAUACCUUUGACGUUAUCGGUGGUCCUUGCUCAUGUUAUGCUCAACUCUCAAGCACAUGGCGCAGUCGUUCCUCAUUCUCUGGCGGCUACCUGCUGUUUUAAGCCCCUCUCUCUCGACGAUACGAACUCUCUCCGGCGAUACGAUCUCUUUCUGGCGAUACGAUCUCUUUCUGGCGAUACGAACACGAUAAAACUCCUUCCUCUUACU